CCUGUAGACCUUCCUGUUUCUUUUGACGCUGUUUAUUUUCAUAACGUUGUUUACGGGAGCGAUUUCAUCAAAAUUGAUUUGAACAAUGGCUAAGCAUCAUCCGGAUUUAAUUUUUUGCCGAAAGCAACCGGGUGUUGCCAUUGGCCGGCUCUGCGAAAAGUGCGACGGAAAGUGCGUUAUUUGCGACUCAUAUGUACGUCCGUGCACGCUGGUUCGGAUAUGCGAUGAGUGUAACUACGGUUCCUACCAAGGACGAUGCGUAAUCUGCGGCGGCCCAGGCGUUUCUGACGCUUACUACUGCAAAGAGUGCACUAUCCAAGAGAAGGAUAGAGACGGUUGUCCAAAGAUUGUUAAUCUUGGUAGCUCAAAGACGGAUCUGUUCUACGAAAGGAAAAAGUACGGAUUUAAACAGCGUUAAAAAUGGAAUAGAAUCAUGGAAACAAUUGUAAACAAAUACAAAAUAAUUUACAUAUAAUAAAACGGAUUUUACAUCAA